GAGCAGGGUUCAGUCUUUUUCUCACGUGAUUUGGGGGGUAUAGCCAUGGGCAUGGCAAGGAAUACGUAGUGUGCCAUAUAUGAUUGGUUUAUGGAAUAAAUGCGUCAGGCAAGGCGGGGCCAUCUUUGAAGUAGGAAGUGUUGUUUUGACGUUGCGUUGUUUUGGAAAAGUGUUCCAUCGAUGGAAGAAUGGAGUCCAAACCAGCAAGUCACAGGCUAAUAUUUGAAAAAGAGGGGGUGUAUCUUCACACCAACACCAAAAAGAACAACCAAGACACAACAAUACCUGGAUUCAUCCGUAUUGUCGAACGGGAUGGAGAGACUGCUUUGGAAUGGAGCCCACUGGAAGACCAGGGCAGAAGCACCCCGGCAGUUAUGUACUCUAAAAAGGAGGAAAAUGGAGGAGAAGAGGACACAAACUUUGACCCUGGAUAUGAACCUGACUGGGCUGUUAUUAGUACAGUGAAGCGAGAUCAUGACUGUGAACGUGUCCCAGUGCGAGAGACAGGUCACUGGGGCGCUUUCUCGCUCCCCCUGUCCGAGCUGUACUCCCUGCGUCGGGCACGCUUUGCUCUGGGCCGUAACUUCCUGGUGGUGACCAGCAGAGGGGGCCACCCGCUGCCUGCGCUGCACUUCCACAGAGGGGGCACCCAGGAGCUGUUGCGAGCCCUGCGCCACCACAUCAGCAUGAUCCCGUCUCCUGUGGAUGGGAGGCUCUAUCUGGCCUACCCCAGAGACUCAAGUGCUGCCUCGCAGGCAGGUGAUGAACAGAUGUUUGAUGACAACAGUCCCGAUAUUGUGUCUAGGUUCAUGCACGACCCCUAUGCGACCACACUGGGGGGUUUCUCCAAGGUGACCAACUUCUUCAGGGGGGCCCUGCGACCACCGGACUCGGCCAUGAGGUCCUCUCAUGAUGCCAACUCCCCUCAUGCUGCCGAUGACGAGCCGGGAUUCGAACUCAUCACCCCCGGUGCUGAGCUCGGGCCCAGACCAGACGUCACCAGGGGACCGCCUCUGGACAACUGGGAGGAGUUUCUCGACCCAGAGGGGCGUGUCACAGAUCCUGACAGAGUUAAACAGCUGAUUUUCAGAGGGGGUAUCACUCCAUCCCUUCGAAAGGAAGUAUGGAAGUUUCUGCUGGGAUUCUAUCCUUGGAAUAGCACUGCCAAAGAAAGGGAAGAUAUUGUCCGAAUGAAAACAGAUGAAUAUUUCAGGAUGAAAGUUCAGUGGAAGUCAGUCAGUGAGGAACAGGAAAUGAGAAAUUCCCUGCUCAGGGGUUACCGUAGCCUCAUAGAGCGGGACGUAAAUCGGACAGAUAGGCACAACACAUUCUUCUCCGGGAAUGAUAACCCAGGCCUGGUGUUGCUUCAUGAUGUACUCAUGACCUACUGCAUGUACAACUUCGAUCUGGGUUAUGUUCAGGGCAUGAGUGAUCUCCUGUCUCCUCUCCUCUUUGUGACUCAGAAUGAGGUGGAGUCCUUCUGGUGUCUGACAGGCUUCAUGGAGAUGGUGCACCACAACUUUGAGGAAUCUCAGGAGGCGAUGAAACAUCAGCUUCUGCAGCUCAGUACACUCCUCAAAGCGCUGGACCCCGAGCUCUGUGACUAUCUGGACUCCCAAGACAGCGGCUCCCUCUGUUUCUGUUUCCGAUGGCUGCUCAUCUGGUUCAAGAGAGAGUUCUCCUUCGAGGAUAUCCUGUCUCUGUGGGAGGUCAUGUGGACCCGGCUGCCAUGCUCCAACUUCCACCUGCUGAUGGCCUGUGAGAUCCUGCAGUCCCAGAAGGGGGAGCUGAUUGGCUCCAAUCACGACUUCAACACCAUCCUCAAACACAUCAAUGAGCUGUCCAUGAAACUGGAUCUCCACUCAGUGCUUCGUGGUACAGAGGCCAUUUACCUGCAGCUGGCCGGCUGUAAGGAUCUCCCUCUUAAGGUGCUGGAGGUGUUGGAUCUGUACAUCCCCCCCAGAUUAGAUGAGGACAGCUCCAUGGCCCAAAGUCGUGAGACAGAUUGCUUGCUGACCCAAUCAGAGUCUGGGGCUGCUGCGGCCAGCCAACCGAGCAGCUGCAAUGCAGCCCAGUGCCCUCCCCCCACUUCCCCCUAACUCUAAGGAUGGAAGCAGAGAGCAUUUUAUAAAGGAUUGAAGUGUUGUGGAUGUGGAUGACGCAUGAAUGGCUACAUACUUGGCUACACUUUAUCCUUAGGGUGUAUUAAUGACUGGAUAGUUAGAUUGUGGUAGAUUUUCAUAUGUUUAUAUUUAAAUGGUCGUUCUUUGAUACUCUAUAUUGCUUAUGAAGGCAUUUAACUGUGGUCAUAUUCCAAGGAACUGUGUGCAAUGUGUGUGGAUGUGUGCAAUAAACAAGCCUCUGCUUAAACCAAUGCACAGGCACCAGAAGGGAUUUAUUACUGAACGUACUACUUUACCAUCAAGGUAUUGCCACCAUUUAAAUAUAAAAGGUUUUGACAUACUUCCUGGUUAUUAAUACACCUUUGCAUGAAGUGUAGCGGACGGAUUGUUUUUGACGAUCUUGUGCAAAUAAAGGAACAGGGAAGGAGCCCUCUGGUGCGGGUGCAGCACAGAAGGACGUGUAUCUUCUCUGUGUGUUUAUGUUCUCUUUGUGGAAGGUGUCUGUAAUGCUAUGCUGUGCUAAACACCACCAUAGCAACCUUAGGUUAUGGACCAGCACAUAUUGCUGUGAAGUUUAUCACCCGUCCUGCCUCUGUUUUCGCCCUUUCUAAACUUGGUCUGUGAGUGGCAAAAUGGUUCACUUGUGGACAUUAGUAUAGUGGUCCGUGUUGUCUGUGUCCUCUUCUGAGGGGCCUUGUGGUGACAUAUGUUUGUAAACAUUGGAUGAAGCGGGAGAGUGCAGUUCCGACUGG